AUGGAGCGGUACAAAAAUGAGCAGCCAGUGAUCGAUUGCGAGCGACAACUUUCUGGGAAGGUUGUUGACGAAGAAGUCAUAGGUGCGCUGCAGCGUACCGGUUACAUGACACCGCAGCAUAUAACGCUCAUUGACAGUAUCCUGACUAUGCCGGGUACAACGAUCGAGGAAGAAUACGAACGCCGCAUUGCUGCAAUCAAUGCAGCGAUUACAGUCUGUGACGCGGAAGAGGGUGCUCCCUCGCGGGCCGGUGCGUCGCAAAAACGCCCUGUCGGUGCUGUUGAUACACCACCUGCUUCGCCCCUGCCUAAGAAAAAAAGUCUACCCCUUCAGAUCAGAGUGAUGACAGGUUUUCUUGAGCCAUCGCUUCUGUUUGCGUUAAAUCUCGAGAAGAAAGACCGACGAUAUGCUUUUUAUGUCUUGGUAAUGCUGGGCAGCCAGAAAGUGAACGCUUGA